AUGCGCUGUCUUGCUGGCCUCGCUCUGGCCCUGCUGGCUCUGGGGGCCACCCUGGCCCUGGCCCCAGCCCCGGCCCCCACCCUUACCUUGCCAGGGCAGGCCGUGUGCCCGGAGGUCAGCUCUUCGGAGGAAGACACCUGCGUUGUCUCCUGCAACUCUGAUGACAACUGUCCCCAAGGCACCAAAUGCUGCCCCAGGAGCCCCUGCAGCCGCUCCUGUGUGGUCCCCUUCAUCGUGCCUGUGCAGAAAGCCGGCCACUGCCCCCGCGUGCAGAUCCCGCUGACCCCCGAGCCCUGCCUGGAGAGCAGUGAGUGCUCCAGGGAUGAUCAGUGUGCGGGCCACAGGAAGUGCUGUCUCAGUGUGUGUGCCAUGCAGUGUCGGGACCCCGAGGCAGAGGAACCACUUCAGUGACAGCCUUCCCCAGGAGCCCCGGGCUGCCAGGAGUGACUGGCCUGAGUCUGC